AUGCAUCCUGUGAGCUUCCAUGAGCCCGAUGCUACUGCCCUUGCGAUGCUGUUCAACGGAGUUAUUCAGACAGACGCGUACUCAAAACCCGAAAUUCUCGUGUCUCACCUACCCGCGCUCAAUUCCCCAAACCUGCAGCCUGACUGCGGUCUCUUGUUGCCCAACAAUUCUCCGUCAAACCACCCACAUAUCGCAGCGACGAACAAACAAACCGAAUAA